AUGGAUAAGGCUUGGAUGCAUAUCGAAGAUAGAUUGCAUUCCAACCAUUAUGGUGAAGGUGUUAGACAAUUCAUGGCUAUGGCUCAAGCCCAUUCACCUGGAUCUGAUCGUAUUAGAUGUCCAUGUAAGAGAUGCCGAAAUAGAGCUUUCCAUACUCUUAGCCUAGUCGAAGAUCAUUUGUUCAUCAUAGGGAUUGAUCCAACUUAUACGGAAUGGAUAUUUCAUGGGGAAGAUGAUCCUUUCCUAGAUGCUACAUUUUCAGACGAAGAAGGUGAUGAUGCAUCGGCUUACAAUGACUACAUCGAUGAUGUCGAUGAUACGUUAGAUGACAUUCGGGUUGGGUCGUUCAUGGAUAAUUCAGCUACAAAUCAAGGAAAUGCAAACAUAAAUGAUGAACCACCCACCUCUAAUACUUCAACAAACCUUAAUUUCGAGGAGUUGGUAGUUGACGCACGACGACCACUUUAUCCUUCAUGUGCAAAGUUCUCGAAGCUCUCAUUUAUAGUCAAAUUGCUUCACAUCAAGACACUUGGUGGUUGGACAGUGAAGUCUUUUGACAUGGUUAUAAAGCUUUUGCAAGCUGCAUUUCCCGAUGCCCUUUUUCCUGACUCAUUUAACGAUGCUCGUCGCUUGGAGCGUGGCUUGGGAUUUAGUUACAAAAAGAUACAUGCUUGCCCAAAUGAUUGUGCAUUGUUUUGGAAAGAAAAUGCCGAGUUCAAUGAAUGUCCAAAAUGUAAUGCAUCUAGGUGGAUUACAAGCACAAGUAACCAUCAAAGGAUACCCCAAAAAGUUCUCCGGUAUUUUCCUUUGAAGCCCCGCUUGCAGAAGCUAUUUAUGUCAAAGAAAACAGCCCAGGCCAUGAGAUGGCAUUUAGAAGAACAUGUUCAAGAUCUGACCUGCAUGCGACAUCCAGCAGAUUCUCGUGUAUGGAAAGAAUUUGAUAACAAACAUGGUUGGUUUUCCCAAGAUCCUCGCAAUGUUAGACUUGGCCUAGCGAGUGAUGGGUUUAACCCAUUCAAUAACAUGAGCAAACCAUAUAGCAUAUGGCCGGUACUACUUGUACCUUACAACUUGCCCCCUUGGUUAUGCAUGAAAGAUCCAUACACCAUGUUGUCAUUGCUAAUCCCUGGCCCAAAGGCACCAGGAAAUGAUAUUGAUGUGUAUUUGCGUCCUCUUGUCGAUGAGUUGAAAGAGUUAUGGGAAGAGGGUAUUCAAACUUAUGAUGCAUACACUGGGCAAAUCUUUAGAUUGCAUGCAACGUUACUUUGGACUAUCAAUGACUUUCCCGCAUACGCCAAUCUUUCUGGGUGGAGCACAAAAGGCAAGAUGGCAUGCCCAGCAUGUACAGUUGAAACAGAUUCUCUUUGGUUGGUUUAUGGGCGCAAACAUUGUUAUAUGGGUCAUCGGCGGUGGUUGGCACUAAAUCACAGUUGGAGACGGAAAAAGAAUGCUUUUAAUGGGUCCGAGGAGCACCAACUACAACCAACAAGGGUUGCGAAAGAUGCUUUGCUAGAGCAAUUAAAUGUGGUCUCACAUGUGCAGUUUGGUAAAUCUUCAGUGAAGAGGAAACGAACACCCAAUCAAUUAAAUUGGACAAAAAAAUCUAUAUUUUUUGAGCUUCCCUACUGGUUAGACUUGGGAUUGAGACAUAACUUGGACGUCAUGCAUAUUGAGAAAAACAUCUGUGAUAACGUCUUGGGAACAUUGUUGAAUAUUGAAGGAAAAACUAAGGACUCUGCCAAUGCGCGUAGGGAUUUGGCAAAUCUUGGACUAAGGAAAGAAUUGCAUUUACAACAUAAUGGUGAUCGUAUUUCUAUGAGUCUUGCAUGCUACAUGUUAAAUUUGCAUGAGCGAAGGAAGUUUUGUGCAUGGUUGUCAGAAGUGAAAUUCCCGGAUGGUUUUGCCUCAAACAUAGCCAGGUGUGUCAAUGUCAGUGAUGGAAAAAUUAGUGGUAUGAAGAGCCAUGAUUGUCAUAUCUUUAUGCAAGCACUCCUGCCGGUUGUGAUUGGUGGGUUCCUACGGCCGGAUGUGCGUCAAGCCUUAAUAGAGUUAAGCGGGUUCUUCAAAGAAUUAUGUUCACGAACAUUAAACUUAGCAGUGUUGCAUCGGCUUCAAGCAAAUAUCCCCAUCAUUCUCUGUAAACUAGAAAUGAUAUUUCCUCCUGCAUUUUUUGAUAUCAUGGUGCAUCUUGCAAUUCAUUUGCCAGAGGAGGCAUUGCUGGCAGGACCAGUGCAGUACAGAUGGAUGUACCCUUUUGAAAGGUAUCUAGGGAAGUUCAAACGGUACGUCCGCAACAAAGCCCGUCCAGAAGGCUCAAUUGCUGAGGCAUAUAUUCAUCUCGAGUGCCUAACGUUUUGCUCUAUGUAUCUUCAUGAUAUUGAGACGAGAUUUAACCGAGAGGAGCGCAACAAUGACGUGACUCACUAA